UCUCGGGCGUGUUUGACGGAGCUGUGAUGAGAGCAAAGCGGGUAGCGGCUUGGCUGUGCGGAUGCUGAGUGGGUCUCGGAGCCAGCUGGAAGGAAGGCCUGGGAAAGCAGUAGACCUUGGGAGAAACUGGGGUUGGCUUGGGUUUGCACUUUAGCAUCCAGACGUCCGUCCUUAGGAUCCCCGGCUGCUGUGGAGAGGGAAGUCCAAUGGUCCCUACUGUGGGUGUGGGUGUAGGAUGCAUCUGGGCGAAGGAAGCGGUGUUUGUAAGGGAGACGGCAUUUUGACGAAGAUUAAUUAAUUUCAAAAUGAAGUAAACCAGGAGACGGUGAAAAAAAAAAAGCGGGAUAGAAGAGGAAACGGGAAAAGAGGCUUUUACUGCAAGGAAAGGACUUUAACGGGAAGGGACAGAGCUUGCCACCGAGAGGCUUGGAGGCUGCCGGGAAGGUCAGGUCAGCUCGCUUACCAGCCGGCCACCCGGAGUGACCUUAUGAAGAAGGAUCUUAAGGACGGUUGAAGAGGUUGUGGUGGGCAAAGAAGAUUGACCUUAGGCUCCGGCUUUGAGUUGUCCCUGCCCCCUUGAGUGAUUUCCCAGCAAGGUGACCCCAGCUCUGGUGUUUGCCAUUACUAUUGCCACAAUCGGCUCUUUCCAGUUUGGCUACAACACGGGCGUCAUCAAUGCACCGGAGACACUCAUAAAGGACUUUCUCAACUACACUUUGGAAGAGCGGUUGGAAGACCUACCAAGCGAGGUGCUGCUGACCACCCUCUGGUCCCUGUGCGUGGCCAUCUUCUCCGUCGGUGGCAUGAUCGGCUCUUUUUCUGUUGGACUCUUUGUCAACCGCUUUGGCAGACGGAACUCCAUGCUCCUUGUCAACCUGCUGGCCAUCGCUGGUGGCUGCCUUAUGGGCUUUGCCAAGAUAGCGGAGUCUGUUGAAAUGUUGAUCCUGGGUCGCCUGGUUAUUGGCAUCUUCUGUGGACUGUGCACAGGCUUUGUGCCUAUGUACAUUGGAGAGGUGUCUCCUACCGCCCUGCGGGGAGCAUUUGGCACACUAAACCAGCUGGGCAUCGUCAUCGGUAUUCUGGUGGCUCAGAUCUUUGGUUUGGACUUCAUCCUGGGCUCUGAAGAGCUGUGGCCUGGGCUGCUGGGCCUGACCAUCAUUCCAGCCAUCCUACAAAGCGCGGCCCUCCCGUUUUGCCCUGAAAGUCCAAGAUUCUUGCUCAUUAACAAGAAGGAGGAAGACCGUGCCAAGGAGAUCCUCCAGCGGUUGUGGGGCACCCAGGACGUGGCACAGGAGAUCCAGGAGAUGAAAGAUGAGAGUGCCAGGAUGGCACAGGAGAAGCAGGUCACCGUGCUGGAGCUCUUCAGGUCAUCUAACUACUUCCAGCCGCUCCUCAUCUCUGUCGUCCUGCAGCUGUCUCAGCAGCUCUCUGGGAUCAAUGCUGUGUUCUAUUACUCAACAGGAAUCUUCAAGGAUGCAGGUGUCCAGGAGCCGAUCUACGCUACCAUCGGAGCGGGUGUAGUUAAUACCAUCUUCACCGUAGUUUCUCUGUUCCUGGUGGAGAGGGCAGGAAGGAGAACCCUGCACAUGAUAGGCCUGGGAGGCAUGGCUGUGUGUUCCGUCUUCAUGACGAUUUCUUUGUUACUGAAGGAUGAUUAUGAAGCCAUGAGCUUUGUGUGUAUUGUGGCUAUCUUGGUCUAUGUAGCCUUCUUUGAGAUUGGACCGGGCCCCAUUCCCUGGUUUAUCGUAGCUGAACUCUUCAGCCAGGGCCCCCGCCCAGCCGCCAUAGCAGUGGCUGGCUGUUCUAACUGGACCUCCAACUUCUUGGUUGGAAUGCUCUUCCCCUCGGCUGCAGCCUACUUGGGAGCCUAUGUUUUUAUUGUCUUUGCUGCUUUCCUCAUUAUCUUCCUAGUCUUCACCUUCUUCAAAGUCCCUGAGACCAAAGGCAGGACUUUCGAGGACAUUACCCGGGCCUUUGAGGGGCAUGCUGGGAAAAGCUCUGCUGUUGAGCUGAACAGCAUGCCUAUGAAGGACUCUCCCGGCAAUGCCUGAGGCGGGCCUCCAUCACCUCCCUCCAACAUGGAAAGCAACCUACCUCCCCUGAAUCGGGGGGACCUCAUCAGGAUGACCCAGUACUGCUUCUGAACGCUGCUAUUUGAUCCUUUCUCACACACUCCAGGAACACAAAGCUGCACCCAAUGCUGGGGUUAGUUGGAUCACCAAUGGCUUCUUUAAGUGUGUCAUUUCUUGGCUAUUUCUCUUGUAAUCAGGAGAGACCAAGAAAGUCUACCUUCAUGUCGGGAGGGAGUGGCUGCAGCUCCCCUUAGGUUCUAAGACCAGCUCACUAGGACACCUAGGGGGUAGGAGUGGGGUGCAGCACCCUCUCCCCAUCUCAGCUUGCCAGGUAACAGAUCUUCAUACUGUGUGGAGGGCCACGGAGAUUCAACAGGAGAGCCCUCCUCACUGAUAACAGCUCUGCACAGCAAAGUAACUUGAGUUUUAUUUAUUUUAUCUUCAGGUUUUAUUGCAUAAAUAUUUAUUUUUUUAAGUGUAAUUUUACCAAAUAAUGAAAGAGUAAGGAAAUUGAGGCUGGAGGGAGGUGUUUAAGGAGAGAAGUUUAGUGCUGGAGGGUGAUGGUGCAACACAAAGAAGAACAGAUGUUACGGGUGGCCUGUGAGCCGCCCGCACUCUAGAGGGAGACGCCUGUGUUCUUUCUCAGAAGAGCGAGUGCCUGUAUGAAAAGGCUCGUGGCUUUCUGUGGGCCUUUUCUCUUAAGAUUAUAGUUUUUAUGUAGUGUUACUUGAAAUCUAGGCUUGUUACUGAAGCGGGAUUUGUAGUUAGUGGUGUUGAUGGCCUUUUAUUUUACAUGGAGUCCAGAAAAGGGAUGGCUUGCAGAAAGCCUCUCUUCUUCUUCCCCUGGACCAAACAAGCCCUUCCUGUCCUGCUGAACUCACCUUUCCUCUUCCCUCAAGUCGCCCUAGCACCUGAGCGAGCCGUACAGAGGGGAGGGCCUAAAUACAGCAGUUCUUGACAGGCCUUUAUUAUUUUUCCAAUUUUGUUUUUUUUUUUUUUUUAAGAGAUUUUAUGUGUUUGAUCUGUUUUACUUUGGUUUAAAGGGAUUCGUAGCUAAUGUGGACUUUGUUACCUCAGCUCUGGGAGAGGAUUUUCCCUGAAUGAUUAGUAUCACCUGGUUUGAGAACGUUGCCGCUCUCUCUCUGGGGCCGUGGCAUGUUAGUCUAUCCCUGUUACAGUCUCAGGCUACCCUUGUUUCCAUGAUCGUCUGACAUUGUGCUAAGUGCCCAAGUGGCCUUGACUCCGCCACACACGUUAGGGACAGUGCGGGUAAAUGCGCAGUGUGGCCCUCGCUUGAGGAUGGGAAUGUGUGUGCACUGUCACUUUGCCCCGGUGUGAAGUACCUGUUCCCUUUGCUCGCUCUGGUCGCUUUCUUUUUGAUAGAGUCUAUUGACGCUCAUCCCUGUGUACAUAAGCAGCACUGCCUCCCCCGGGUGGAGCUGGCCCCCGGAUUAGAUCCCACUCAGCUGGCCCCCUGUUCUGGUUGGAGAGGGAAGCUUUCUUGAGGUUGAGGAUGGAAGGCUCAGCCUCACUCACUCCAGCUGGGACGGUGCAAAGUGUGAGGUCAGAGCUGUGGCUCCUGAGAAGCCAGUUGUGGGGAGAGAAAGGCUUUCUUAAAGGGAUUGGGAAAUAUGGCAUUUUGGUAUAUAAGGAGUAAUGCCAAAUUUCGCUCCUGCCGCGGGUCACAGGUACCUCCACAACCACCCCUUCAUUCUCCUUCUUUCGUACAUGGAGAUGACCCUGAUCACCCUGACCCCUUUUCCGUAGGUCACUGGAUCCCACUGUCCCUCCUUGGUGCUUACACAUUUCAGACCCUUUAGUCAAACCCUUACACAUGAUAACAGUGUUUCAGUGCUCAGUCUCAGUACUCCUCCACCACUCCCUGUGCUCAUUGACAUUCAGACACGAGCUCACAUCGCUGUGAAGAGGCGCUUGGCUGGGAAAGGUGACGCUUCAGACUGCCCUCUUCCUCAGUGAGCUGGCAGGAACACUGGGAGGACUUUCCAUUUGUCAAUGGCCAGGUUGUGACUAUCUUCAUACCUACUUUCUAUUCAUGUUACUGUAGUUUCUGUUUUGAAAUAAAAAUUCUGAAUGUA